AUGAGAGGAAAGGGAAAUCAAAAUCAAGAGGAGGAAGAGUACGAGGAAGAUGAGUUUGGUUCCAGAAAAGAUGGGCCGUCUUCAAACGUUACAACUAACAACGAUAAUUCAAGUAAAGAUGGGAAGAUUAGUGACAAGGCUAAUGCAAUAAGAUCGAAACAUUCCGUCACUGAGCAGCGAAGAAGGAGCAAGAUCAAUGAGAGAUUUCAGAUAUUGAGAGAUCUUAUUCCUCACAGUGAUCAAAAGAGAGAUACAGCGUCAUUUUUAUUAGAGGUCAUUGAAUAUGUCCAGUAUUUACAGGAGAAGGUGCAAAAGUAUGAGGGUCCAUAUCAGGGAUGGAGCCCUGAGCCAACAAAGUUGAUGCCAUGGAGAAACAGCCACUGGCGCCUUCAAAGUUUUGUUGGUCACCCUCAAGCUAUUAAAAAUGGUUCUGGUCCAGGGGCCACAUUUCCUGGGAAACUUGAUGAUAAUAACAUUGCUCUCACCCCAGCCAUGCUUCCAAGCACACUGAAUCUAGUAGAAUCUGACCAUCUUGCCUGCAAAGUGUUGGAGCACCAACCUGAGCUAGCAAACAAGGUUACGCCUCUUCCCAUGCCUGCUUCUGUUCGAAGCGAUGGACUUGUUGCUCAUCCCCUUCAGCAGCCAGUCUCUGAUGCUCAAUCAGCUGAGUGUCCCAUCACCAGUGAUAUGUUGAACCAGCAGGAGCUGGCAAUUGAAGCAGGGACAAUCAGUAUCUCCAGUGUUUACUCUCAAGAGUUGCUGAAUACACUUACGCAAGCACUGCAGAGUACUGGUGUAGAUCUGUCACAGGCUAACAUCUCAGUUCAGAUUGAUCUUGGAAAACGGGCAAAUAGAGGGCUGACCUCUGGAACCUUGACAUCUAAGGAUCCUCCAAAUCCCGAGCCUAGCAAUCAAGCAACGACCCACUUUAGGGAUGCAAGUGGAGGAGAGGACUCGGAUCAAGCUCAAAAGCGUCUAAAGACAUAA